UGCAUGCAGGUGCCUUCUUAGUCUUAUGCAUAAAUUCAAGCAGGUUUACACACAGUAUGCAUGUAUGUGUUCAGAGUGAUUUGGGAUUAAGGCUAACAGGAUUAGAAUGUUCUGCUGGCUGGUUGGACACCUUAAAUAGAUCAGCUUGAACGCUGCUGGGGCUUCAGAGCUGCGAAAGAAUGAACAUUUGACAAGUGAGAGAACAUUUCAUCCCCAGGGCAGCUUCUCCUCCAGAUCUGCAGGUGAGUGUUGAAAUGAAACUUUGCCUUUCCACACAGUCAGUGUUUGACUAAAAAAUAGUGAAGUCCUGGACUUAUAUCCAGACUAACAAUCAUACGAGUGACAGUGAUGCAUUUUUAGCAUCUUUAGCUAGUUAUACUUAUUUCUGUGAAAGACCUUUCAGUUCAGAUGUAUCAUGAUUUUCCUGAGUAGGUUUUCUGUGACACCAAAUAACAUUGAAGAGAGAAGUUAAGGUUUCUUUUUGGGGUAUAUUAAAUGGUUAUUAUUGUCAAGCUGCCAGUUUUAUUUAUUUUUUAUUGAUAUGUUAGAUGUCAUCGUGCCUUCUUACACUUAUCAGUACGUUAAAAUAGAUACUAUUACAAAUAUCUUUGAGGAUUUAUCUGAUCUUUCUGGUUGGUAUUUUAUUAAAGGGACUUUAAAGAAUUGCUAUUUUUAUGUUUUCACAGAAAUGGCUGAUGUUUUCAGAGGCCUGAACCUCCUUGAGACCCUCAAAGAUUCCAUAGAGAGCAACAAGUUGUCAGAUGUCAAGGAUGCAGUGGAAGAUCUCCUGAUCAGCAGGAUCAAUUUAGCUGUGGUGGGCGAUCGUGGGGAUGAAAAAGCCACCUUCAUAAACUCUCUCCGUGGCCUUGGUCCUGGGGAUGAUGGAGCAGCUCCAUCUCCAUCCUCUGUAGGCCCGGAGGAAGUGGCAGGUUACCUUAACCCCAUUCACCCUGAUUUUCGCCUGUGGGAUUUGCCGCCUGUCCCAUCCACAUCUCCCUUUGAACCAGAGGGAUACAUGAAUCGUGUCAAGUUCCUCCGCUACAAUGCUGUCUUCAUGGCAUUCACAAAUACGCCCCAGCCCCACAGCGUGGAGGUGUAUCUGGAGGCCCGUUCACUGCAGCAACAGACGGUGUACUUUAUUCUUUUAGCUUUAGCAAAUGAUACUGAUGAAAGCCUGGGAGAAAAGAAAAAAGCAAGUCUGGAAGUGCUGACAUCACAAGGUGUGGCACAGCCUAAAGUCUACGUGGUCAGACCCUCCGCCCUGGAGAAGUUGGACUUCCCUGGCUUGUUGGAGGACAUGGGAAGAGACCUUCCAGAGAUCCGAGCCCACUCACUUCUCUUGGCUCUACCAACGCUUACCUCUGCCCUGGUCGCUCAGAAAAAGGAGGCAUUCAAAGCACUAGUGUGGGCAGCAGCUUCUCUGUCUGGUGGGGUGUCUGCUAUUCCUGUUCCCUUUGUGGCCUCCAUGGUGGACUCAAGUGUCGCAGUGCGGAUUCUAACCAAAGCACAAUUAUCUCUGUGCCUGGACAAUGAAUCGGUCGAGCGACUGGCCCGACAACGAGGCAUGGAGCCCACGAGACUUAAAGGGCUGCGGACAUGUGCACUUUCAGUGGAGGUCACCAAAGGGGAAGUGAAAAAGCGUCUGGCAGCGGCAGAAAAUGAAUUGGCUACAGUUUCCUCAAAGCUGGUGGAGAUGGCAAUGCCCAGACAUGCUCGUUCUGCUGGUCGCUCCUUCAGCGCCAUGCUGCAAGCCCUAAACGGCUCCAUCGACGAAAUGGCGGCUGAUGCUGAGAAGAUAGUUGCUGCUGCUCUUGGGGAGAGGAAGUGAAGGGAGAUGCUUUGCUCUUUGUCUUAUAUUUCCUGUUAAUGUGUGACUAAUCUUUACUU